AGGGAGGACAACGCUGCGGUUCUUCACUGAACGCACGUCAACGGAAUCCCGUAGUGCGUCAUUCGGCGUUAGUCUCUCGUCCUGAUUGGUCUCGGGCUGGAAAUCUCCCGCCCACCGCGUAACCUUGUAUGGAAACCUUCUCUGACGUAAUGGGUACCGCGGAGCCAAGGAUAUAAAAGUGUGGCCGCGAGCAGAGCGGAGGCAUUGCUCUUCAGCAGAGAGACACGGAGGAUGACGGAUGGUCGUUUGUGGACUUAAGACAGUUAAAAACACUUUUAGAAGGGCCAAACAGUCUUGCAGCCAUGACUUGCAUACACCCCCAGCACGGGUCCCAGCCCUCCUGUGAGAACAGCCUUGGCAGCUUGGAAAUUCAGAGUACAGACUUUAUCUCCAGGCUGGCUGUGGACAUGAGCAGCCCACGGGACCACCUCUCUGCUCCAUCCCUACCUAGCAUCGGCUCCCUGGUGGGCACUCAAGCCGGAGAGUUCGAUGCGUACUCAUGCCAGUUUACUACAGCCCCUGCCCACACCGCUCCCUCAUCGGGCCAGGAGAUGCCUUUCAAGCUGGAUGAACUCCAGGUGUACGGCUGUUACCCCGGGCCGUUUAUGUUGAGUUAUCCGGAUGAGUCUGUGUCGCCCAGCGGCUCAGAUUAUUUCAGCAGCCCGGCGUCAGCCUCCUCUCCUUCAACCCCCGGGUUCCAGACUCAGCAUGCGUCCACCUGGGAUUCAGCGUUCGGGCCAUACUCACCCAGUCCGGGGUACUGGGCGGCCGAGGAGACUUCAGCACCGCACGCGGCGUCUUUCUUCACAUUUGGCUCAGGGUCUGCGGAGGACAUGUCCCAUUUGGGUCACCCGCGCUCACGAGAGCAGGACCCUUAUACUUUGAGUCAUCCUCACCCAUCUGCACUCACCUUCCCCACCAUGAGCAUGGAGCAGGCGUGCGGCCUGGACGGCGCUGACCAGAUGGAUGGAAGCUUAUCACCUAAGUUAAAAAGUCCGAGUGGAAAUGACGGCUGCUGUGCAGUGUGCGGGGACAACGCCUCCUGUCAGCACUACGGGGUUCGCACCUGUGAGGGAUGCAAAGGGUUUUUCAAGCGUACAGUACAAAAGAAUUCCAAGUACGUCUGCCUUGCCAACAAGGACUGCCCCGUGGACAAGAGGAGGCGGAACCGAUGCCAGUUCUGUCGUUUCCAGAAGUGCCUCGCUGUGGGCAUGGUCAGAGAAGUUGUGAGGACGGACAGCCUGAAGGGGCGAAGAGGCCGCCUGCCUUCCAAGCCGAAAGUGGUUCAGGACGUGACGAGCACUGUGUCUCCGGUGAGCAUGAUCGCUUCACUUGUGAGGGCUCACAUUGACUCAAACCCCGGCGUUGGUACUCUGGAUUAUUCAAAGUAUGUUGAGACAGAAGUCGCCCCGAGCCAGAAGGAGGAGGCUGGUGACAUAAAACAGUUUUAUGACUUGCUCACAGCCUCCAUGGAGGUCAUUGGGAAGUGGGCGAAGGGCAUCCCAGGUUUCUCUGAGUUCUGCCCCGAGGAUCAGGAACUGCUGGUGGAAUCGGCAUUUGUUGAACUCUUCAUUCUGCGGCUUGCAUAUCGGUCCAACCCUGAAACCAACAAGCUCAUCUUCUGUAAUGGAGCUGUACUCCACAAAACGCAGUGUGUCCGAGGCUUCGGGGACUGGAUCGACUCCAUCUUGGAGUUUUCUCAGAGCCUCAGUCGCAUGAAGCUCGACGUUUCCUCCUUCUCCUGCCUCACAGCGCUCGUCAUAAUCACCGACCGACAUGGCCUUAAGGAGCCAAAACGUGUGGAGGACUUGCAGAACCAGCUCAUCACCUGCCUCAAAGAUCACGUCUCUGGCUGCGGCUCAGAGUCCUUGCGGCCCAACUACUUGUCCAGACUUCUUGGGAAGCUGCCUGAGCUCAGGACUCUGUGUACUCAAGGCCUCCAGCGCAUUUUUUACCUUAAAUUAGAAGACCUUGUUCCUCCGCCGCCGAUUGUGGAAAAAAUCUUCAUGGAUACGCUUCCGUUUUAAGCGUGAGACUGAGGGUCUGUGACGUGAGCUUGUGAGUUAAUUUCAGAGCCAGAGACAACAGACUGAACGGCUCACACCGCAGGUAGCAAACUGCAAGAAUCUAAGAAGAGUUAAAUUCCUUAGGGAUUAUGCACAAUCAGAAGAAACUGUUGCUUCGAAAUUAUGAAGUGAACGAGUAGACAGCGCGUGUGCGGAGCGAUCACAAAUACGCUCUUCCUAGUUUGUUUCUCCAGGAAACUGUGUACUCUCCCCAUGGAAUCAGAAAGGCCAGCUAAUGGACCAAAAUCUGGCUGUUUACAUACAACAAGGUGCCACGAAUGGAAACAUUUUAAUGGAGGGAAAAGGACUGCACUUUCCAAACGGUUACAGCGUGAAUGCAAAUAAUAUCCGCACCGUCAUUUCAGUGAGCAUUAGGAAUUAUUGUGAUAUCUUUAGCUAAAGUAUUAAAAAAAGUUAUGUGUCUGUUACUUCAGUUUCUUCAGUGUGCUCAAAGUUAUUUUAUAGAACCACUUUGUAACUCAAGCAGACUUUCCAGCCAAAGCACAACCCACUCAAAGCUCUGGGGUGAUUUUUAUUAAAUGCCACCAUGAAUAUUUGGUGAUGAUAAAGUAGGUUAAACCUACAGAGUUAUUCAGUAGUAUCAUUCAUGUAUCAUGAAUCGACAUUGAGCAGCUAACAUACUGUGUAUUGUCCAGUACAGUCUUACACACUGGUGUUAUUUGUAAAUGACUUUAUUUUUUUUUUUGUAUUUAUUUUCUUUUGUCUGCAUUUGUCCUCAAAGUUCAGCACCGCGGGGUGUCAACAUUAUAUGAGAUUGAUGCAGUUAUAUUCUUGCACCUGAAUAUUUUAUUGUAAGGACAGAGAAGACGUGGUGGAGUGUAGAAUCCUGUGCUUUACAAGUCACCUCGCUCAGUACUGGGGUGGUCCAAGGGUUUCUGUGCAGAUCUCUGGAGAGGUGGCAGAGUUCAGUCCACCAUCAACAGGUCCCAGGGGCAGGUCAGGGGACCUGGCCCAAGAAAACCACCACACCAGUACGAGCCCAAGCCAGAGCAGGCCAGGAAUGCCACCACCCCCCACCCCCAACCCCGCAAUCCAGCAAUCCAGCAACACCUCCGCAGAUGGGCACCGGUCAAGCGGCAUGGUGCUGGUCCUACACCCCUGAUGCACCUGGGCCAGGGAGACAGUGGGGGGGAAAUGACUUUAAAAAUCUGUUGAGAACCUGCUGGUGUUAUGUUGCCACAUUAACUGUGUUUUGUGCCUGUUAUUUUUACAUAUUAAGAAGUUUUAUUUUACUGCAGCUAAACAUGAAAUAAAAUGUGGAAAUGA